GAUAGACUUAGAUCGAUAUAACGUUCAACAAUUGGAACAAGUAAGACUGACACUUGCAGGGUGUGUGAAUUGUAUGGGAUGUUGUUCGUCAUCCUAUAAAAUAUUACAGUGAUGUCAGAGUCAACACCAGGCAGCCAAAAGAAGGGGGUUGCGAGGGAGGCCGAUCACUCUUCACAGGGAAAUAGUCAGCAGAUGCAAUUCGGAAUUCUAUAUCCAAGCACUAGCCUAGCCGGAGACCGACCUUCAAACAAAGCUCCCGGGACCAUUGAGGAAAAUAAGAACAUCAGAACAGAAACAAAAGCAGAAGAAACACAAGACAAUGGUGUCAAUCAGUCUGAUGAAAGUGCGAGCAAACAACAGAACAAUUCUCGCAGCAAACCAGAUGAUGCUUCUGCGAGGCGAAAACAGAGAGACAAUCCUUCGUCUUUAGGAGAUCCACAUGAUGGCUCAAUAGUAAAACCAGUUACUGAAAAAGAUCAAGAUAGUGAUGGACACAAAACUAUGGAGAGAUCCAUGCUCUAUGAAACACAUACACAAUCCAAAUUUACGAAUCUCAGUUCAUACAAUGAUAAAAGUAUUCAGCCAAAACUUAAAUAUACAGGAAAGGGACCACCAAAGGUAUUGCACGGAAAUAACAAUCAGCAAUCAGCUGCAAGCGUUAGACAAUCUGGAAGAUCAAAACAUGCCAUCUUACAAGGAGAUGCUUCUAGCUAUGGAUCUGCAUUUGAUACAUCAGCUGGCAGUGACAAGUUGAAAAGCAAUGGUGAAUACGAGAUUUCAAAACAAGGAAGAGUCUGGUGCAUUCGAGAUUUGAAAACAAACAAACUGACAACGUUAAAGACUAUCAAGGCUGAUGAAGUUUUCUUUGAAAGCAAAGAAUUAGUUAGUGUUGAUGGCGUGUUUCACCAACUGAUUGUGCAUAAUGGGAAAAAACCUAAGCUCGAAAUAGCAGAGAGGUCUUCUUCAUCAUCUGAAGACGAGAGGAAACCAAACGCAUGUGAUUUCAGUUAUGGGUCAGAUGAUUAUUCUGAAUCAAGAACGACUCCAAAUAGUUUGCCAGAGUCUGAAGAACCCAGCAGUCGUUUUCAAAAGCAGUCAAACAUAACUCGAACAGAAAAUGCAAUGGAAUAUAUGAAGCCAGGGGCAGGAACUGAUUUAUUCAAAGAAACAGAAGCAGAAGAAACACAAAGCAGUGAUGUCAAUCAGUCUGAUGAAAGGGUGAGCAAACAACAGAAUAAUACUCGCAGCAAAUAUGAUGAUGUUUCAGCAAGGCCCAAACGGAGUCUAUAUGAAGGAAAUGACAGAGGGCAAGCUUCUCCAAGUUACAAUCCUGGGUCCACAGGAGGUUCACAUGAUGGCUCAACAGAACAACCACGAAAGCCACGAGUUACUGGAACUGGUCAAGAAACAGAAGCAGAAGAAACACAAGGCAGUGCUGUCAAUCGGUCUAAUGAGAAGGCAGGCAAACAACAGAACAGUUCUCGCAGCAACCCUGAUGAUGCUUCGGCGAGGCAAAAAGGGAGUUCAGAUGAUGGAGGACAACCUUCUCCAAGAUACAAUUCUGGGUCCACAGGAGAUUCACAUGAUCGCUCAACAGAAAAACCAGGGAAGCCACCAGUUAAUGGAACAGGUCAAGAAACGGAAGCAGAAGAAACACAAGGCAGUGGUGUCAAUCAGUCUGAUGAAAGGGCGAGCGAAAAACAGAAUAAUUCUCACAGCAAUCCUGAUUAUGCUUCAAAGAGGAAAAAACAGGGUCCAGGUGAUGGAGGCGACGGAGGACAACCUUCUCCAAGAUACUAUUCUUGGCUUACAGGAGGUUCACAUGAUGGCUCAACGGAACAUCCAGGCAAGCCACCAAUUACUGGCACAGCUCAAGAAACUGAGUGUAAAACACAAGGCAACCUAUUUUUAAAGCCACCAACACCUCCUCCACGGAAAAGUAAAAUGCAGGGAGGUAAAACUGUUGAUAACCCUCAAACAACAAACAUGCAGAGAACAUUGCAUACUGAGAAUGACAAAGCAGACACACAACCUCAAAAUUCAGCUGGAGCCACUCUCCCGAAUGAAACAGGCAGAGGGAAAGCUAAAGUAAAAGAUACAGCUGAUGUCAAAGACGUUUUAGGCUCUCAAGUUUCAAUCAGCUCUCUGGAUUCCUUUGAAAUUAUCGAUCCAAAAGAAGCAGAUUGCAAAGAACAGGAAAAGAAUGACAACACAACCCAAGAUAAAUUCCCACCCGACGGCACAUCCUUAGAAUGUAUGAACAGCAUGCAACCAAGAAGUAAAUCAGAAGCUGCACAAGUACAAAAAAAGCCUUUAUCUAAUGACCAAUUUUGUAUCAAAGUUCAAGGUCCUUUUUUAACAGUUCAAGACAAACAUAAUCCGAGAUGUAAACUUGUUUUGCCUAAAGCAAAUGAUGCUCAUUUUGAAGGGGAACUUUUAUGUGUUGAUGGUAGCUGUUUUGAUUUGUUUGUUGAGGCUAAUUCCCUGAAGAGUUGUAAGGUACAAAGCCUUAAUCCUUCUGGAGACCAAAAUGACAAGGCUGUAAGUGAAGAACCAUUGUUAGCUCAAGAAACCAAAAUGCAGGUUGUAGAAAAUUUUGCAAAAAGAGGGAAUUGCGGCGAUAUGCUGGGACAAGAACAUGCUGUUGGACCAAACACUGAACAACAUCAUUCUAGUGCUUUUGGAUUCAAGCCAAUUGUUGUUAAGCAGAAAGUCCCUAAGUUUGUUGUAAAAAUCAUAUCACAGGAUUCAUUUAAAUCAAAUUUUAAAACAAACUUUCCAGACGCUGCAUACAAAGUUGAAAAUGAAAAAGGUAAUACUGCCGACAUUAGAAUAUCCGGAUCAUUGGCUUGUCAUGAGUGGUUUCAAGGGGAAAUAUACUAUUGUAGAGUGCCCAUGAGUGACAUUAAAAAUGGUGAACUCAUCCCCAAGUUUCCUGUCAAAUUGGACAAGUACAUGUUAAAAUGUUAUGGCGAGCUUGGAACAGUUUUAUGGGACAUACUUUCUGAGGAAAAUCAAAUAUUAGUAUGGUGUUCUUUAUCAUCUGCUGAUGAAGUGGUAAGCAAAUUGAAGAAAGCAAUCAAAAAAGUUGAACAUUCCUGUGAGAUUGAUGACUCUGCUUUGCCCCCUUUAAUAAUGAAGAAAAUGAAAGAAAUGCACAAUGUUUUACAUGUAAAAAUUGUUUGGAGUUUGGAUGAAGACUACACUUUCAGUGUGUUUUGCUACCAAGAAGAUGCUCCAGACAUAAAGAAAUAUUUAAAAGAUUUGUGUUCAUUUAAAAAAUCAACAAAAGAAGAUUCCUUCCAUUCAACUGCUGAUACAUUUAAAGAUCUUAGAGAGGCAUUCAAGUACUCUAUUGCGAAUGCAAAUGGCCAAACCAUUGCAGUUUUAAAUGUUGAAGCUGUGAAUUUAGACGCGGAAGCUAUUGUUGUUUUAAAGGAAAAUGAAAGCAUGGAAGAUGUUAGCAAAUCUAUUUCAAGGAAUGGAAAUCAGAUUGUAGUUGAGUAUCCUCAAGAGGGACAUGAGCAAAGUCGGGCAAAGCAUAAAGUAGCGGAGUCAAUGGAAUAUGCUCUAGUUGAGAUAAAGAAAAGAAACUGUUUUUCAGUAGCAGUUGCGUGUAGUUAUAGUAAAUCAUGGGCAAAUGGAUACAAGUACUUGAAAUCUGUUCUGGUUGAGAUUUUUGAAUUUUUAAAGCAAAAUGCAGAUAUUCCAUAUUCCUUCAUUUUGUGUACCGGUACCUCAAAUGAUUUUGGGUACAAUGCUUGUCAGCAAAUACUACAAAAAGGAAAGCCGGAUGCUUAUGAAGAAAGAAGUUCACCAAAUGAUGUACAUGCACAUGCACCAGAAGGGGUCGAUCAAACAAAAAGUGAUUCAGUUACAUACACUGUUGAGAAGCCGCUGGCAGCAGAAAAUGAAGCCUCAAGAUCUGCAAAUGAAACAACUGGAGGAAGCCGAACAGAAUCAAGUAAACUGAAAGUUCACGUUUUGAAAGAAGAAAUAGUAUAUGUCAAGGCAGAUGUGAUUGUUAACUCGACAAGUGAAGACUUGGACUUGGAACAUGGACAUGUGUCUGCAAAGAUAAAUAAACAUGCAGGGAAAAAACUGCAAAAAGCUGUGAAUAAAGAAGCUAAAAAGAUCAACUUCUGGGAUUACAUAGUUACUAAGCCCUUUGAUCUAAGCAACUGUAAGCAUAUCUUUCACUGUGCCCUCGAGCCAUUGAAAGACAUUGACCAGAAUGACCAGAAGGAUAUCUGUCUAUCGAAUAUGCGGGCAAUGGUUCGAAUGCUGUUGAAUGAAGCAAACAAAAUGAGCUGCCACUCCAUUGCUCUGCCGGCACUUGGAACUGGCAAUCUGGGUUAUAAUCCCAAAGAUGCAGCAAACGCGAUCUUCCUUGCUGUCUGUGACUUUGUAGAACUCAAUGGCGACACGAGCCAUCUGAAAGAAAUAAAAAUUGUCAUAUAUGAGAAAGAGGAAAACACAUUUCAGGCUUUCAAGCAGGUUGAAGCAAAAAUGGCCCAAGCAAUAUUUGGUGUUCCAUUUGAUCUUUGCGUUGUCGAAUACAGACAGGCUGUCUUCGAUUUUAGCAGAACAACAGCAGCAAAACUGGAGGAAAUCCAUUUUGUUGAUAUCAAAGCAAAUGUCGUUAAAAGUAUACAAGAUGAAUUUUGCAAUCGACAGCAACCUGUUGAUGAAAAAAGAUUUCGACAAUAUAAGCUCAAUAAGCACAGGUCGUUUGAAUCCAGUUUUGAACGGAAGCCAAAACAUAGUUCAGAUAAUGAAAACAGUGGUAUGCAUUUGAAAUUCAAGAAAGAAAAUCACACAACUGUCGCUUUGAUAAAUGAACCUUUCUAUAAAUUGGAAAUACUGAAGGGAGAUUUAUCUGCUGUAGAUACGGAUGCAGUGGUUUUAACCAUUGAUGAAAACGGAAAACCUCGCAAAUUAACCAAACAUAUUCAAGGCAAAGUAAAUGCAAACACAUCUUAUUUUGAAGAAGUCCGCUUUAAACAACGACUUAACAACACAACUGGCAAUGUGAUUGCAACAGGCGGCUGUGGCUCAAAGUACAAGGUAAUAUUGCAUGUGAUACUACCUUGCAAUCUGAAGUACAAAGAAAGUAAAGAAAAAGUAGAUGAUUUACAGACGGCAUACACUCACAUUUUCGAUGAAUUGUCUAAAGAAUUGCAGCUGAGAAAGGUCACCACUGUGCUACUUGGAAAAGGUGUCAAUGAUGUUAAAUUUUGUGCUAGCAUACUGUGGAAAAGCUUUCAUGCUUUUUGUAGAAAAGAAUUGAAAGGUAAAGCAGUUCACGUUGUCGUUGUUUGCUAUGACACAGAGGAGUUUGAAGCAACGAGGACUGCAAUUCUUGAAGAUGCUCUUCGUGAAACUUCUUCACACAGCCAUGAUGAAACAGAUUUGAACAAGGAUACCCCUUUCGCACAAAGUGCCCUGGAAAAUGAAGAUGAGGAUUGUGUCAUAUGUAUGGAUACAGUGAAAGACCCUUAUCCCCUCAAGUGUGGACACAUGUUCUGCAAAGAAUGCAUUUUGAAGCAGUUUGAGUUUAAAAAGGUCUGUCCAAUGUGUGGACAUGUCUGUGGCAUUAUAGAAGGCAACCAACCUACCGGUAAAAUGAUUGUGUCCAAAGAAAGUCGUAAUUGCCAUGGUUAUUGGAAUUGUGGAAGCAUUUUGAUGAGAUACGAAUUCCCAGAUGGGAAACAACAGGAAGGUCACCCAAAUCCUGGAAGCUCUUAUAGGGGGAUAAGGCGAACUGGGUAUUUGCCUGACAAUGCUGCCGGGAAGACCAUAUGUCGAAUGAUGAAAAUUGCUUUUAAAAGAAAGCUGGUCUUCACCAUUGGGAAUUCCCGGACCACGCGUCGAGAUGGAGUGAUAACUUGGAAUGAUAUACAUCACAAGACAGACCCGAAGCCUUAUACACAAUCUGGCUAUCCUGAUGACACGUAUCUGGACCGGGUAAAAGAAGAAUUGGAAAUAAAUGGCGUUACUGAAAAGGACAUUGAUUCUGUAUCAAGACUUGAGGGAGUAGUGUAUACCAACUGAGACGAUUGACUACAUAAGUGUCUAAACAUAAUAUCUAGACACUUUCUGUUUUAUUCUAAAAAGCAAUUUUCUACAUUUUUGUAGCAAUUAAGCGUUGAUAAGAGAAUGGAUAUAUACUAUUUUAAUACAAUAGUAUUUUAAAGGGAUAAAUAUAAAAAAAAAUCACUGAAAAGCUGUCAAUUCUCUCGAAAAUGAAAAUCACAUAUUUCAACAACAUUUUGUUUUACUAUUUUGGCAAAAUAAAUUCAACCUGCACAAGCCUUAAAACCUUAAAUUUAAAAAUCCUGAUCAAGGCCAAACGAACAUUGUUAGUAAAGAAAGUUUAUAGCUUUCAUACUUCAUUGUGCCGUAUUGCAACAUAUAUCUGAACACACAAUAAACGUUUUAAAGAGGAAUUGAACUACGUUUUUGCAAGUGAGAUGCACAUAAUAUAUGCCAGAUUUUGAUAGGCGGCCAUUAAAAUUCACGCACAUAUAUAAAACGGAGUAAUGUAAUUUAAUGGCAAAGCUUAUGGACAUGCAGUCAAUCUAAAAUGCACUUAGAACAAUGUUUAAAUGGAACAACAACAGUACCACACGUGGGUUUUGGCGCUUAUCAGAUUUUCUCCGGUGAUCAAGAAGCAUAACUGAACACUAUUUUAAGCCAGAGUAAUGAGGAUUGCUACUAAUAAUGGCAUUGAUUAGAUUCAACGGAAUAUCUAUUGACGGAUUUCGAAUUAUUCCUUCAACGUUUUUUUUGUGUUGAAUGUGCCUUGUGUGUUGUUUUGAGAAUAUGGUUUAAUGAAGACUCAUAUGAGUGUUUUUUUUCUGCUUUUUGAUCAAUUGUGUACUUUUUAAGAAAAAAAGCAUUCUAUAAUCAAAUAUUUGAAGGUGUAGUUCGAAAAUUCGUCAAGUGUAUAUAGUAUAAUUGUAAUACAUGUAGUUUAUGCAGGAUUAAAACUAACACCUCUUGUACAAACAAAUUGUUUUAAAGUCAGAUUAUCACAUACUCAUUAUGUUAUCCGUUUACGAUGCUUAAUUGUAAUUUGAAAAGUUUUUUUUCAAACUUAGUUAACUUUAGCUUUGCACUGUGCUCUGUGUCAAUUGUCUCAUGCAAUUCAUUAUUACAUUUAACAUCACCUAAACCAGGUGUAUUAUCAUUUUUUAGCUCGUCUGAUUUUUGGAAAAAAAAAAUGACGAGCUAUUGUUAUCACUUGAUUGUCGUCGUCGGCGUUUGUUUUGCGUUUAGGUCACUACAUGGAAACUAUCAAAUUUUGAAACUUGGGGAAUUGUUCAUCUAAUAAACUUCUUCCCAUUGUAACCUAUAGAUACUGAUUUCACCUGUUUUUUGUGUUGAAAACGUGAAUUUUGAUAGAUUUUGGUUGAUUUUGAGAAUAAGACAUAUCUUCUUCAUUUUUUGUUGGCUUGAUGUUUUUUUCACAGACAAUAAAUGGCCAAUGCACUUAAAUAUUUCAAAUGGGUUGUUGAGUCACACAAUUGGAAGGGUAGGGGAGGUGGGGGAUAUUUUAGUAAUUUUGGACUUUGUAAUUUUUAGCUAGUCUGAUAAAUUAAGUUUUGUGCGUGGGUCACUUACAUUCAAACUAUCAAAGCUAUUACAUUAAAACUUUGAAAUAUCUGGUCACUAUCAAAUGUAUGUAAACGGAUAAAAUCAGACGAGCGUUCAGCACCUGCAGGCGGUGUUCUUGUAUGUAUUUUACCUUCAUGCUUUCCGAUAUUUCAAUAGUUUGUAAAUAAUUAGGAUAAUAAAAUUCACAAUAUUCUGUUCAUUCUAUAAAUAAUUGUGUUGACACACAACUUCUGUAUUUAAUGUUUGCUAUUUUAUUCAGGAUGGAUUUUUUUUAUCUUACACUUUAAAUUUAUAUAGCUAUGACUAUGUAUGUUUGUAAACAGUGUUAUUGUGUGUGUUUUUUUUUAUCUUCAACCAAAGUGUAUGUUAUUGAAACAUUAUUAUGUUUAAACUACAAUAUUGCUUAUACAUGUUCACAGAUUAUGGUGAGGUUAUGUGCUUUUCGAAGUGUUUUAUGAAUCAUGUUUGAUUUGAACAUGCGCAUUUCGUUCUUUAAAGGCCAUAUUAUUCCGAAUAUAUUGUUGCGCUUUCAUUUUUAGUCCGACAAAGAAGCACCUGAUAUGGUUUCUUUCUUUGGUUUCCGAAAUGUCUGAUGUGGGUUUGUGGAUUUUUUAGUUAAUUUGUAAGAUUGGACGUUGCAUCUUUAUAUAUGUAUCAAGCUCAUGUUUCAGUCAUAUAUAUUUAAUGUCAGUCUCUGUUAUUUUUUGAUAAACUAGCCGCACUAAACGGUCAGCACACUCGCUUCUCACCAUGGCGUCCCGGUUUGGAUACCCGGCCCGGACUAUGUGUUUUUGGUUUGUAGUCACCAAGCCGAACAAGUGGGUUUUCUCAGUGUAGUCUGAUUCCCCCACCAUAAUAACAAGACCACAAUCUGGGUCAACGUAAUCUACUUAACAAAAGUUAAUCUUACUUCUUACAAUACUUUUUAAAUACGUAAAGUAACCGCCAUGAAACAAAACAUGCUUAACAAUAAGUAUAAACAUGAGAAAUAGUAAUUUUAUUUUGGGGGUAGAAACAUAUUACAUGAUUGCAUGUUGUAUUUUAAUAAAUAUUCAUCAUGUCUGUGUUUUCCUUAUAAUAUAUGUGUUUAAAUGUUUUAUUAAUAUUAAUGUUAUGAUAAUUUGAAAACCAUUUGAACAAAUAGACGACAAUAUCACAUCUAUUUGUCGAAUAAAUGGUAUAGGUGACCUGUGAUGCUUGUAGGUGUUUGUGCUUGUUGUUGUUUAUGUUUUUGUUGUUGUUGAAGUUGAUUCAAACACGUCGUGUGAUUUAUUCAAAAGAAUUUGAUUUAUUGAACAUUACAAUACAUUGUAAACGUUAAAACUACAACAAUGAUGAUUUUUACAAUGAUAAGUUUAUUCUAUAAUAUUAUUUUCACAUGUUAACUUAUGAUAAGUCAUAAAUAAAUUUGUGUCACUGUUUAAGAAAUAUGUUGUAUAGAGUUUAAAAUGAUUUCAUUAUUUUAAAUAACAUUGCUUAACAUUAGUCACAAGUGUUGUAAAGUUGUGGAAGAUAUACACUCUUGCCUGCCCUAAUAUAUAGGUAAAAUGAUAUAGAAAAAUCACUAACAGCGUCAUUUGAUACUGUUAAGAGUCUGGCGGAAGUUUACAUAUAAAAGCAGCAUUGCGAAAUUUCAAGAUUUGAUCAUGGAUGCGAGGUUCAAAUAUUUGGAGAUUACAUUUCAGUUGACAUGUAUAUGAUCAUCUUAAUAUUACCAGGAGACGUCAGAUUUAACAUUUGACGUCAGUCGUUUGCGCAACGUGCGUAUAAUUUAAGCAGUGUUUGUUCAAUGACGAUGCAUUCGAGGGAUGGAACGCGGAAAGGUUCUUUCUGCUCUUUUAUUUGAUGUCAUUUAGAACCAUUUUAUUGCGUUCACCCCUCGCAUGAUUGCAAGCAUGUGACUUCCUGUCUUACCCCUAAAUACAAUCAAUCCCUUUGAAAUUGGACGUAGAUUAACUGGCAAAAAAAUCUCAUUUAACAAUGGUAUAAAACCAAAAAUCGAACUUCAAAAUAUACACAUUUUUCAAUUAUAUACUCUGUCGCAAGGCUUUUGUGCCGAAUAUAUAAUACAAUAGGGCUUAGAAGGCGUUUUGAUCCGAGAUCAUAAAUUAUAUUCCGUUGGAUCUGCUGGUAAAAUUUUACCAAAAUCCAGAGUCGGAAACGAACUUUCGAUAAAAAAACGCUGGACUAAUAACCCUUUAUAAUAUAUAUACAUGACUGGUUUUAAUUAUGUUCUAGAUACGUUAUUAUAUUAAUAAAUUACUUUUUAAUGAA